ACAAUGUCGACGUGCCCAUGAAUGACCCCAAGCUUCAACUAUUCCAAUGUCCCGGUGGCAAGGCUGGUAAAGGACAAAAAUAUAGAUUGGAGAGGGAAGAGAAGGAUUGCAUAAUGCUCUAUGUGCUUAUGAACAUGAAGGAAGUGGUGGGGGGGGACGACGACGAUGGCGGUCACGAUUUCAUUAGCGAAUUCACGGAUGAACAGUGGUGGCUUCCGCGCGAUCCCACGGGCGCGGAGUUGGAGACUCUACUGAAAGAGGGUGCUCCCGAAGUAAAAAUAAACUUUGUGUCUUGGUUCAUGAAAAAAGGAGCUGAUGCAAACGUUGAGAUGACAGAUGAGUUGAGAUGUGUUUCCCAAGGUUGUAACCGUGACGUCAUGAAGUAUGAGAAGUAUGACGUGAAUGGGUUUCGAUUCCAUACAGAGACACACCAGAAGGGCCGGGCGAAUCCAAAAACGAUAAAUACUGGUGUCUUCACUAAAGGAUCCGAUACCUUUGAUUACUACGGGAGGUUAGAGAAUGUAUACGAGCUGACCUUCAACCGUACAAACAAACAACUCAAUCUCGUUGUGUUCAAGUGUCAUUGGUUCGACCCAAGAGGUGGACAGAGAAUUACCAAGUCCAUUGGGUUAGUUGAAGUUAAGCCUUCCACCACCUAUACCGGAGCCGAUGUCUAUAUUGUUGCUCACCAAGAAGAGGACUUCGGGCACUUUGAGUUAGAAUGUGUUCUUGAAGAGGACCUCAGGAACGAUGCGUAA